AUGCGUUUCCCAUUUCGCAACCGCGCCGACAAGAUUCGAUUCGAUAUGGUCACCCCUCCUCGCGCCCAGCAUGAGGCAGCAUAUCCUACUACGACGCCUGCGGGAGGAGAGAGUCCGUCAGCUGGUCUCAGCAAGACUCUGAACAAGUUACGCAAAUCCCGUGGCUCAUACAAGCUUCGUAACGAGGUCGAGAACAGUACUCAAAGACCGACGAGAGCCGGCCUUCCUCGAUCAAGCAGUACACUCACACUCACGGCUAUGGUCUCACCAGAACCAGACAGUCCAGAAGAAUCACCUGCAAGCUCACUCUACACCAUUUCGCCCUCGCCAUCACCACCAAUAGAGAGGCCCGCAUUCUCGCUUUCCCCGAUUGAAGAGGUCGACGAGGAGUCGCAAGUCGAAGGAGAAGACCAGACCAACCACACGACCGACCGAGCAGCUUCUACUCCAUCCACCGAGCCCCUGACGGCAGAUUUUGGCUAUACGCUUCUUCACGACGGCGCCGGCUCUGAUGGGGGAUCGGCGGUUAAAACUGACCAGAAUCCUCGCAUCCAGAGCAGCAGCAACGAGCAGAGCAGCGAGCACGGCAGCAUGGUAGAGACCAGUUUGACGGAGAUCGGGGGCGAAAUCGCAGAACUGGAGAGGCAAUAUAACCCGCGGUGCCAAAUGCGGCGGGCAGCGCCAGAGCAGAGGCGCCAAGCGCUCAGAGAUAAUCCAUUGGGCGGCCGGCAGCGCUCUGGCCUGGGUGACCGGUUUCGACGUGUUUUCCGCUGA